AACAGAAGGGGAAAAUGUCACUUUAUGAUGACCUGGGAGUGGAAACCAGCGAUUCGAAAACAGAAGGCUGGUCCAAAAAUUUCAAACUACUGCAGUCUCAGUUGCAGGUGAAGAAGGCGGCUCUCACUCAAGCAAAGAGUCAGAGGACAAAACAAACGACAGUCCUUGCUCCAGUGAUUGACCUGAAGCGAGGGAGCUCUUCUGAUGACAGACAGAUUGUAGACACACCACCUCAUGUAGCUGCUGGCUUAAAGGAUCCCGUACCUAGUGGGUUUUCUGCAGGAGAUGUGCUGAUUCCUUUGGCUGAUGAAUAUGAUCCUAUGUUUCCCAAUGAUUAUGAGAAAGUAGUAAAACGCCAGAGGGAGGAACGACAAAGACAGCGUGAGCUGGAGAGGCAAAAAGAGAUUGAAGAAAGAGAAAAGAGACGUAAAGACCGGCAUGAAGCCAGCGGGUUUUCAAGAAGACCAGAUCCAGAUUCUGAUGAAGAUGAAGAUUAUGAGAGAGAGAGGAGGAAAAGAAGUAUGGGAGGUGCUGCCAUCGCACCACCGACGUCUCUUGUUGAGAAGGACAAAGAACCUGUACCAUCUUUUCCAUUUGAAGAGGAGUCAAGACCUCGUGCACCAUCUGCCAAAGCAGCUAUUCCUCCCCCGGUAUAUGAUGAGCCAGAAAGACCGCGGUCCCCAACCGGGCCUAGUAAUUCUUUCCUUGCUAACAUGGGAGGCACCGUCGCUCAUAAAAUCAUGCAGAAGUAUGGUUUCCGAGAGGGCCAAGGGCUGGGGAAGCACGAACAAGGGCUAAGCACAGCACUGUCAGUAGAGAAAACAAGCAAGAGAGGUGGAAAGAUCAUUGUUGGUGAUGCUGCAGAUAAAGUCGAUGCAUCCAAGAAAUCCGAUUCGAAUCCAUUAACAGAGAUACUAAAGUGCCCAACGAAAGUGGUCUUACUAAGGAACAUGGUAGGUGCUGGAGAGGUUGAUGAAGAUCUAGAAGGUGAAACUAAAGAAGAAUGUGAAAAAUAUGGCAAGGUUGGGAAAUGUGUCAUCUUUGAGAUUCCUGGUGCCCCUGAUGAUGAAGCAGUGAGAAUAUUUUUAGAGUUUGAGAGGGUCGAAUCAGCAAUUAAAGCUGUGGUGGAUCUGAAUGGAAGAUACUUUGGUGGACGAGUGGUGAAGGCUUGUUUCUACAACCUGGAUAAGUUCAGAGUACUGGAUCUGGCGGAGCUAGUCUGAUUUAAGGACCUAGGUCAGGUUGUCACCGUGCCAGCGAUUGUGUUUUCAGCUGGAGGCUGGGAGUAGAGAGAAGACGGCAGCAUUCCUAGCGAACUGGAAACAAGCCCCCUCGAAUGGAUUUUUCACAUUCAUUGUGACUGACGCUUAUUUUGUUCUGUUUUUUAAGUAUAAAUCCUUUGAAAGAUUCACAUCUGUGUGUUUUGAUUGCACAAGUUCUGUUUACUGGUCUGGAAUCCUGUUUUUUUGUAGCUUUCAAUGAAUUGCACUCUCUUGAAACCCACCGCUGCGGAGCUGUUUUCUUUUUCUGGUUUCCUUGGUCUAGUGCUGCAGUAUGGAGCGCAUCAUGUGACAUCUGCUGUGAGCAGCAGGCUUUGGAAAAGAACUGUGGGCUGGGAUAUUUUUCUUUUCUGGUGCUUCAUGGCAGAAUCUCUACUCAGCUCAUAAACCUCCAGUUUCCCCAAUCCAAAGUAAUUUGGGGACUCUGGACAGGCAGCAGCUUCUCUGUUCUCUUCUGACUCAUUAAGGACUUGUUUUAAUCUUUUGCAUACCAGAAUGCAGAGAAAAGUACCAAGAAAAGAACUGAAGUUCUUAUUCCUCCCCCGAACCUAGACAAAACACAUAAAUUAAACCCAUGAGAACCGGGAGAGAGAACUUUAUGCAACUAGCCAUCCAGAGCUGGAGACCUAUGUAUGAACCCCAGUUUACAUUUGGUUUGAAGGUCUCCACGAGGACACUUCAUCAAAUCGCCAUGCUAUCAGGUAUUGUUGGCUGUCUUUGCUUGAAAGGUCCAGGACUGAUAUAUUAGGAGAGUUACAGGUCAGUAGUGAGGGGCGUGUAAAGCUAGGGGGAGCUGUCGCCUUCAUGCUUGGUUCUAGCCAGAGUCAUCUGUGUUUUCACUUCCGCUGAACACCAAAUCUGUCCACUAAUUGUCUUUUUUAAAGUGGCAUGGUUAUGGCACUUGUAGCUCUGUUUAAGUCUCAUUAGAGCUAUUCAACAUUUUUUAAGGGCCGAGCAUUUGAACUCCUCUUGAAAUAUUGCGUGAGCUGUACCAGUAUGUUGAAAAGAAUCCAUGUAUAAGAAUCCAAAAGACUGUGAAGAGUUGGAUACAAAGAACCCUAAAACUGUUCUGUCUCA